GCGGGUUUUUAUAUCCGUACGCAUUUUGCGCAUAUCUUGUCGUUUGAAUUAGCCAAUCAGAUUUAUAUUUGUGAUCGGAGUAUCUCCGGACUUGUCGGCCAGGCUCAUAAAUAUAUUCACACACAGCCCUUUUUGCCAGGGUGCGCAUAGGGUCAUGUUUGUUAUGUUUUUUCUCCCUUCUCUUACAAAAUGACUGAAAAAACUGGGCCCACAAAUAGCCAACCCAUUACCAAUGAAAUUGAGACCGUUCUGCAACGCCAUAUGGCUAGUUAUAAUAACAAAAUGACAGGCUUUGUACAACAGACUCUAAUCGAUGUGAAUAGUCAACCUUUGGUACCUGCACCUGCAAUAGCAAUUCCGUUACCAACACCAGAGAUAAAGGCCGAUCUCCCAAAACCCGUUAUUGAAAUGGAUAGAAAUAGUCCAAUCUUAGUUGAAUUUUAUGAAACCUUCCCCACUGGACAGGUAUUCAACAGUUUGGCCUCACUUCGUUCCACUGCAUUAGAGUACGGCAAGAAAUACAAUGUAGCGCUUACCACCAGUAAAUCCGAUAAGACCAAAGUCUACCUGAUUUGUAAGCACGGAGGUUAUUAUCGUAAAAAUACGAAGAAGGCCACAUCACCCGAUAAGCCUAUGGUCAAGACAAGAAUCCGAAAAUCAUUAAAGAAUGGAUGUUCCUGCUUGAUUUAUGCGCGUUACGAGAAGAAGGGCGAUUUCUGGACUGUUCGCAAGAGUAUUGGAGAACACAACCACCCAAUAGCCGAAGAUCCAAGAACAUAUGCUAUGUAUCGUUCUUUAGAGCCUGAACAUCUUGCAUUUGUACACAAACAGUUGAAGGAUUCUGUUUGUAUAUCUGAUAUCGUUAGGUCGCUUAUCGAAUCUGGCGUCAAGAACAUCGUCUCCAAGGACAUUGAGAAUAUUCAACAAGAUUUAAAGAGGAAGCAGGCAAAAGCUAUGGCCGUCGCCGUCGCCUUACCGCAAUCCUCAGAGAGCUAACUUUUUUUUUUUAUAUUCUCUUUUAUUAAAUAAAAAAAAAAAUCUUAC